AUGGGCUUCUUUGACCUUUUCUUUAACCUGGUGGUCAGCCUUGAGGACCGAGACGCGGAGGAACUGGUGCUGGUGCUGCAGGGGUACUACCGCCUGCUCACCGAGAACCCCCUGGCCGUCACGCACAUCCGGGACCGCAACUCCGUGGACCAAGCCCCCCCGUACCACUCCCGCCACAAGGUGCAGGCCACCAACUGGAGCUACGCCACGACCAAUGAGGAAGACGACUCCCGUGGAACCGAGCGCUACGUGGACCUCAGUGUUCCUCCUCCCUACAAGCCUCCUCCAGAAGGUUAUAAGGUCCCCAACGGCCACCUACCCGGCCUGGACAUGGACGAGACGGGAGUGUACGUCAACAGUCGCCGCCAGAAUAUUCUUGACUCCAACAUGAACAAAACAAAUUCUGUGUACGAGAACGCAAAUGAUUCGAGCAGCGGUGCUAGCCCGACCCCCCAGAGCCACGCCUACCCCAGCCAUCACGCCCACCCGGCUCCCGCAAGCCCCGCCCGACAGCCUCCUGCGGAUACCAAGAAGGGUCAGAAGCUGUUGCCAAAUAACGAGGUAGUGGAAAGUGAGGAGCGCUCGGGCAGUGACACCGACUCGCAGUCCACGCCCACGCAGAGCCCAGCGCAUCGUCCUGCCAAGCCACCGCAACGUCCCUCUUCAGUUCUCAAGCCAAGCGGGUCAUCGUUCGGCCUGCACUCCCCAGACAAUCUGCCCCUCACCCUCCAGAACCGCGAGGACGACAUCAAGGCCCUCAUCAAGCAGCUGGAGGACAAUUCGGGCCUGCCUUACACCUUUGCCGAGGGCACGCUCUACCUAGACCCAGAUAUCAUCGACCUCACAAUGAUCCCUCCGCCCAUCACCCCGGACGAGGUACGCCCGCAAGCAUAUGACGGCGCCAAAGUGUUCCCUCCGCAGCUGAGCACUCCGCCCACGCCCUUCGCUGACAGGGAGACGCUGGAGAAAGAACUCAAAGCCCUGGAGCAGGAUCUCGGAGACCUCAGGUCGCUCACCAAUCCAAGCUGGCUUGAUCAUGAUGCGAACGCGAGCUACGCUGAUUCCACAACUACAGGCGCCAGCGACACUGAAGACAGCAUGUCCCUCAGCAGCCUCAAUACCAGCUUGGUCUCCAACGACUCGGUGUUUUCCCGUGCCGGCGGCGUCAGCGGCGGCGGAGGAGGCCAGGUGCUGGGGAGGAGCCCCAACUUCACGCUCGCUGCCCUUCGUCAGCUGGGCAUCCACCUAGAGGAAGGGGAGGACAUCGACUCCUUCAUCGCCAAUCUCACGAUCCCACCGCCUCCCGAGGGAUCUGUGGAUCUGCAGACUUACGCCGAAAGCCGCAAGAUUGGCAACGAGUGCGACUUCUCGGCUUUCAUCAUCCCUCCCCCGCCGUCCUCAGACAACAAGGACAACCGAUCAUCCGAUAUUAUACGGAGACUGUACGAAGCCAAAGAAGGAAUUAGUCGGAUGGUGGGCGACGAGGGCUCCCACAGCGACACCGAAGGAGGCGAGAAGGACCUGGAGAUUGGCGAGGUCCGCGUGAGCUCCGAGACGAUGGCCAAGCGGGCCAUAGUUGGCAAGGUGGCGUCCCUGCAGCGGCGCUUUGAAGUUCCUCCCAAAGCAGCUGGCCAUGCUAGUCCCCCCAAUUCGAGUGCCUCCAUAGACAAUCGUCAAUUGUUACUCAAACUUAGCAAAGACAAGUCAAGCUCUCCUAGCGACUCUUCCGGAUAUGAUAGUCUCAGAUCUAAUAAUUCGAAUGUAGCGUAUGAGCUAGACGCCAAACUGGCACAGGCCUUAGAGGAAAAUGAUAAGAUGUUCAAAAGCUUCGACACACUCAAGAGAAAACAGAUGGCGAACACAGCUGCCUCCGCCUCCAGCCCUCAGGACAGCGGCAGCGAGAGCAGCAGCGAGAAGCCUCCCUCAGUCAUGUCGAGAGUGCGGACCUUCAAUACGGGGUCGCCGUGGGGCACGUCCUCGCUCCAGCGGCCGUCAACCCUCCAGCGGCAGAUGACGGUGCCGGCCGGCAAGGCUGAGGCGAAGGACGAAGAUCCCCCGCCGCCCCCACCGCGCACUCCAGUCACGCGCACGGGCACGCUGACCAGUCCAAGGAAGAGUGCUCCUUCGCCCCCCUCCAAGAUCCAGAGAAGUAUCUCCAUGAGUACAGGGAACCUCGUCAAGUCAGCCUCGCAAGGUGAUAUCAUGAGUCAGUCGGGUUCGAGUACCAUCCACAAGUCCCCCACAAAGAGCACCAAGUCCUCUGCCUCCAGCGAGGAUCUCAGUCAAGCCAAAACCUCCCCCGGGUCUCCCUCCAAGCAAAGUGUCGCUUCCAGUAAUGAUUCCCUUACAUCAUCCUCAAGCAUAGUGACAGUCAAGUCAGCCUCACUGAAGAGCUUGGAGACUGACGAAGAUCCCCCGGAAUUGCCGCCAAGAAAUGGCACCAAAGCUGCCAUGAAACCUCCGCUUCCUCGCAGUUCUUCACAGGAUAACGUGAAAGUAGCUCUGCAUAACAAGGGUAUCCGGUCGCCGUCGCCAGUACGGAAGACAUUGAGGAGUCCUUCCCCAGACAACAAUGAACGGCCGCCUUCGGUGCCUUCCAGACUUCGCAAGCCACAGCUCAGCCCUUCCAGCUCUCCAACCAAUAGCAUCCCCGGCACGCAUCGCCCCAGCACGUCGGGGAAGCUGGCUGCUCCCUCACCUCCCACACUCAGCAAAGCUCCAGCAGUUUCUCCCACAUCUCCGCGAGGAGGCUCGAGCUCACCACUAAAGAGUAGUCCAAAGACAAGCCGCAAGUCCCCUGCUGCAGAGGAGCAGAAGCCACAGCUCCCAGCCAAGACUAGUCAGUCGCCAGCCCGGAGAGCCCCAGCUUCUCCGCCGGCAACCAACGGUGUUCGGAGUCCUGCGCGGUCUACCGGGAAGGCUUCCACGACCUCUAGACUGCCCAGACCCGACACCACAAGCGUAGCCUUGAAGAACAGCAUGAACCAAGAGACGGCUCCUCUCCAGACCUCUUCCCCCAAGAUGUCACCCAAGGCCAAGAUGGUCAACGGCAAGACGCCGACCAGCACUGACUUGGACGAUUCGCUCGAUUCCGGUAGCUUUGACCAGGACUCGCUGGAGGAAGCAGAGGACGUGGAGAUGAUGCCUCCAGCAUCUCGUGAUGCCUUCCGCCGCCUUUCAUUGUUGGUUAGUUCGUCUCUCAAGUCCUUAACGGAGAUGGCAGCAGCAUGCACAGAAGCACAGCGGUCUGGCGGCACGGCCACUCAGGACGAGACCAAAUUCCAAGAGGCAAGAGACGCCCUCACCAGUGAGUCUCGGCAGUUCGUGACUGCCUCCAAAUUGUUUGUCAAGUCAGCCACUGAAUCCGAAGACACGUUACUUCAGUGUUUAUCCAACUGCAUGACGUUACUGCAGCGCAUGGUGGACGUAACCCGCCAGGUCGUGCACCACACCACGACUCCUCUCCAAACGCAAAACGUCGUCGUCAAGGUGCGGGACGUAGCUACCACUUACCAGUCGACCGUGCGGGCGGCGCUGUCAGCGGCAGGGCGGGGCAUGGACCAUCCUUCCAUGAACACGCUCAUGACGCAGGCCACCAAUCUGGCCGGCGUCCUCACCGCUCUCAUGCGCACACUCAGAGUGUUCAGUCCGUGAGAUCUCUCUUGUUAGAUUUACCAUGUUUCAUAGAAGUGCCGAUGUGUGAAUUAAUAUAUCUAUGUUAACCCUUGAAAAGGUUUGAGAAAUUUAAAGAAAUCUGCUAUCGAAAGUGCAAUGAAGAAAAACUUACAAAAAGUACUUAAUGUAUUUACACGUUUGUAGAUAUAGCAGUAGCAAGAAACCUGUUGCGCAUAACGUCAUUAUUUGUAGCCCGACAGCUUUUGUAAAUAUCGAUAGAAAUCUCAGGUAUUAUGAACAGUUGGAGAACAAUAAAGCUGGAGUGAAUCAAAUGAGAGUUGUGAGGUAUGAGCAGAUUCGAGGAGGUCAGAUGGUUGGAGAGUAACAUAGCUAUUAAUAGAGCUGUAUAUUUCAAUACAUUGAUAUCAUAUGAAUGUGUGUGUAUAACUUAAUGCCUAACUUAACCACUGUCUUGCAUUUGAGGAAAUCUUUCCGAAUGUAUGUUUGUAACUCAAAUAUAUUUAAUAUUAUAGUUGUUAUUUUAGUUACUUUUUUAUUAAAAUUUUAGUCACAAAUGUCACCGUUCUUUGUUUCGAGGAUUUCAACAGUUGUAUUUGUUAUGAUAAUUGUAACUCACAUUUCGCUUCCAUUUUCCAUUAUUUUAUAUAAUUCAUAUUUACGUUCCCCCACCAGUGUCGCCCUGUUGAUGUAUAUAUCGUCUGUACAGCGUCAAGACUGAUGACAUGUGAGCCCAAGAUCCGAGUCGCAAGUCAGUGUUUUUUUAGUGUAACCGCUGUAUUUUCUGCUAAAUAUAGUGUUACAGAGUAUGA